AAAUCCAGCCAGGAGAACCGAAGAUGCGGCCUCGGUUGUGUCGACUUUGCGAGCGGCCAGCGGCCGACGGCGACUAUGAGGCGGCCGAAUUGGACUUGCAGAAGCUGGAUGAGUGGUGUUUAAAUUACUUGGGCACGACUUUGGCCGAAGAUGUCACAGAAAAUGAUGUCUUCUGCAAUGCUUGCGUUUCAGACGCAAGGUUCCUUCAUAAUAAUGAGAUGCGGAAAGCUAAUCUUGGAGCUGAAGUUACCAAUCUUUGCUGGUGGCCAAACGAAGUUGCCGGGAAAAAAUUGCCUGUAAUGAUAGAUAUUUCUGAAGAUGUGGAGUUUCCAAUGGUAAAAACAGGACAAAUAUCAGCUCAAAGUCAACAAAUAUUCAAUUCCACCAACAAUAAAUCAUGUAAGAAAAAAUGUGAAUACUGCAAUAAGAUGUAUGUGAAAUCAAAAAUGUCAAUGCACAUCAAUAAGGAACAUUCAGAUAUAGCAAUAAGGUGCACUUAUCGAAAAUGCGCAACUUACUUUAAAACUUUGGAAGAAAGAGACGCCCAUAUUAAGGAAACCCACUUGAAACCAAAGGCUAUCGACCCAUAUCCAUAUGUAGAAUGCAUCUAUUGCAAUAGGCGUGAUAUAAGAAAAUUUAAUCUUUCACAGCAUGUUAAAAUUAAUCACUCUGACACUGCCAUCAAGUGUAACUUUGGUAAACGAUGCUUGACUUAUUUUAAAACUAAUGCUGAGCUAGAGAAACAUUAUGAGACAAAGCACAAAAGCAUCGAAGAAAAGAAAAAGUUUAAAUGCUCUUGGAAAUGAAGAGAUCGGGCUUUUCCUCGUUGCAGAAAAAUUGUUUUUAUUCAAAAACAAAUGGCUCUACCAGUUUCGGUCACGGUCUGCGACCCUAUUUCAUGAGCAAGAAAAAAUACAAAAAAUCAGCAAAUUGAAAAAACACCACAUUUUAAAUAAAAAAUUAAAUUCUUAAAAACUAACAAAUUCAGGUACCAACCUAUUUCAUGAGCAAACGCGCUGCUCGCUGACUAAUACAAGAAUGAGCUAGCUAAAGACAGAUUGAUUGGGGGAGGUGAUCUUUAUUGGGUGAUUAGCGCGCGGCGCGGCCGACCACGGGGGCGCCGAAUGACGUCGGGCACAUUAUGCGUUUUCGAGAAAAAGCUGUUUGCUGUUUUUGAAUAAAAACAAUUUUUCUGCAACGAGGAAAAGCCCGAUCUCUUCAUUUCCAUGAUCAUCUCCUCGAGUGUCAACUUCUUCAAACAAAUUUAAAUGCUCUGUUUGCAAUUACAAAGCAGCUCAGGCACAAGACGUAGAACACCACGAGUCAAAAUUUCACUCUAGCUCAAAUAAAAAGUACAAUUGCUCAAAAUGUA